AUGAAGUUGAUGGUUUGGAUCCAGAAAUCAAGAAGAGUUCGUGGACAAGCCCUUGUUUUCUUGGUCCUGGCUCUGGGAUACCUCUUGUCUCGUCAGUUGUCUCACCAUGUGGGUAUUAUCCAGACGGAUACCGACGAGGAAGUCUUGGCCAGGCCCGCCAUUAUUGCCAGGGAUAAUGGUCUGCCAUUGGUAGUACAAGACCAAGACGAACGUGACUUUUACGAGUAUCACUACCAGAGCAUCCGUCGCUACGUCAAUGCUUCGUCGGCACUCGUCUGGGAUGCUCGCACGAGCAGUGGAAGAACCUUUGGUCCCCUCUGGCAACUCUUUCCCACGGUCUACCGUGCCAAUGGCAAAAAGGAACCCGACCUCAAUCGACAAUUGCCAGGACGACCGUACAUCUUUUGGGGAUCCAUUUGCCAAGCGGCCUUGUACUUUACCCGCCAUCGAGCCGCAGACGCCACAACAACGCCGUUGCCCCAUGUUCUCUUUUUUCAAUUAAACGAAAAUUGGGGUGGCCUCAGUCAAGCCAUUCCUGGCAAGACGGCCAAUUGGACACCCGAUCUCAUACGACAAGAAUGGAAAAAGGAGGGAUGCAAAAAUUCCACCGUCUUUCGGUAUCUCGACCAUCCCGAUACCCUCCUGGCGAUUACCACACAAUUCCAAAUUUUUGAUCACCCCAAAGUGCAUUCUCUGCCUUUGGGCAUUCAAAAAGUUUCCAAAGCGCAAUUUUUGCUGGAACAAUUGGCACAACAACAACGACAACAACCACCACCACAACGAACGCAACUGCUCAUGGUCAAUAGCAAGGCACGGUCCAUGCGCAAGGCUGCCAUUGACGCUGUCCUACGCAAUUUCAAGGGUACCGGCUUGAAAAAUACCUUUGGCAAGGACGAUGCCGCUGUCUCCAAUUAUUAUGCCGAAAUGCAACGUUCCAAAUUCAUUUUCAGUCCGGGCGGAUUGGGAUUUGAUUGUUACCGGCAUUGGGAGGCGCUCUAUUUGGGCACUGUUCCUGUCUUGGAGCAUCUGAAUCGCACGGAUGGCUGGUUUCGAACCUUUCGCGAUUUGCCAGUGGCUUGGAUUGAUUCUUAUGACAACCUAACACCGGCCUUUUUGGAACGGGAAUAUCGACGCAUUAUUCGCAGAGCACGAGAUUACAAGUACGAAAAACUCACGAAACAAUGGUGGGCUCGAUUCAUUCAGUCGCAUGUACCUUCGGAAUUAUUGCAAAAUGCAAAGAAAAAGUAG